AUGUCUCAGCCCGGCCGGACCCGCACCGUGGCGGCUGUGAACCCCCGGCUCUCCCUGCGCCUCGGUCCUUGUGGGGUCACGUUUGGGGUGACCCCUUUCCUCUCUCUUCCUUUCAGGCUGGUGUCAACAGUGCAAGCCACCAUGGCAACAGUGUCAGGGAUCAUAGUUGUCCUCAGCUGCAAGAACGUGGUGCAUGACAGGCACUGGCUGGCCGUGGAGUACAUAUGGGUCCUGGUUCCCUACAUGACCUAUGACAUCUAUGUCAUGUACCUGUGCCACUGGCACAAGAGCCAGGAGAAGGGGAUCCUGCAGAAGAAGCACUCUCUGGCCAGCGUGUGGAGCUUCCUCCUGCAGGAGCGGCUGAUGGUGACCCACCACCUCUUCAUCCUCAUCGUGCUCACCCCCAUCACCCAGCACUUCAGGGGAGAGCUGGGGGACUUCUUCGUGGGCUGCAUCUUCAUAGCAGAGCUGAGCACACCUUUUGUAUCGCUGGGCAAAAUCCUCAUGCAGCUCAAAAUGCAGGACACGCUCCUGCACAAGGUGAACGGGAUCCUCAUCCUGGUGACCUUCUUCGUGUGCCGCAUCCUCCUCUUCCCCUUCAUGUACGCGGCCUACGCCCGCCAGGUGGGGAUGCCGCUUUACCUGGUGCCGUUCCGCAUCCCCCUGCACUGCAACAUCGCCAACGCGUCCCUCAUCGCCCCCCAGCUCUACUGGUUCCGCCUCAUCUGCCGCAAGGCUGCCCGGCUCUACGGCGGCUCCCCGGCCCACCGGAGCUGAGAACGGAGCUGAGAACGGAGCUGAGAACGGGGCUGAUAACGGGGCUGAGAACGGAGCUGAUAACGGGGCUGAUAACGGGGCUGAGAACGGAGCUGAGAACGGAGCUGAGAACGGAGCUGAUUGAUAACGGAGCUGAUUGAUAACGGAGCUGAUUGAUAACGGAGCUGAUUGAGAACGGAGCUGAUAACGGAGCUGGCACACAGGCAGCCCCCGGCCCUUCCCCGGGAGCAGCGGUUCUGCUGGAGCUGGGAGCAGCCUCCGGUCUCCAGCGCUGUGCCGGCAGCAUCAGGCUGGGCGAGGAAGGUUUCCUGCACACCGCUCCGGUGCCCCGUGUCCUCCCGCCGGGGUGGCAGCCGGCCUGGAAGGACGGCAUUCCCCGUGGCAUUCAGCUCUGCAGCACCGCCGAAGCGAGGGUUCCACCAGAGGGGUUUGCUGCAGCCCCGGGGAUGGGGAGCUUGUGCCGGAGCUGCUGCAGCCCCAGCCAGGCCUGGAGCUGCAGCACAGCUCUGAGAGCCGUUCCUGACCUUUAGUGACUUCAGCUCUACACUACAGCCUGCUCGGCCUCCCCCGUGCACCUCCCGCUGCAGCUGCUGGGCUCAAGCUCCGCUUACCCCUCCGGUGCUUUCCACUGCAGUGUCUGACAGCCCUGGGGGACUCCCGUGUUCCCAGCAGGGCUGGAGGGCUCACGCCACCACAGGGGAACGGUUCUGCUGUCUCAGGGCAGGAGGAGGACAGGAACCUGCCGAGUCCUUGUCUCACCAUCACACAGGGCACUAUGCAGAGGCUACAAUUUUCCCUUCCCUAAGCACAGCUGCUUUUAUCUGCCCUGCAUCCCCUCAGGAGGAAUUUAAAACCAUCUGGUAGACCUUGCUCUGCUCUGCCCUCCAGCUGGCACCACCACAGCCUGGGAACACCUGUACAGUGGAUCCCUCCAGCCCCAUCCCACCCGCCAUGGGGCUGCCAGGGACAGAACUGGGGCUGCACAGAAGGAUCCAGCAAUCCCAGAGCAGGAUGCUGAGCUGGUCCUUCACUGGUUCAGCCCAUUUCCACUUUCAGUCACAGCAGAAUGGGUACAGGCUCCCCAGCCCACCCUGCACCACAGGGUGUGUGCAUCAGACCACGGCUGCGUUCAUUCCCUGCAGCCAGCACCAGCCAGGGCAGCCACCUCCUCCUGCAGCUUCCUGUGCCUGCUCCGGGGCAGGAACAGCCCUGGCACAGCCCUGGCACAGCCCUGGCACAGCUCCAUGCCCAGAGACCUGUGACCACUCCGUGCCUUUCGUUCUGUCUGAAACCAGCAGCCAAGCUCUGGGAAACCUGGAUCUUUUGGGUGUUGGAUCUCAUCCCAACCACGGCUGCUGUUCUGGAUAGAGUGUAAAACAACAAAAAGGGCUUCUUCUGACCUGUGGUUGCUGUUGCAGAGACACCACAGUCACAGUAACCACGGAUGACCACAGAGACCAGCUGAUGUUACAAACAGCUUGCAACUCAUUACAGAUGUUGUAUCUCACUGUUUUCAUUGUGAAAAAUGUGCCUUAUGUAAGGAAAAAAAAAAACCCAGCCAAUGAGGCACCUCAGUUUGCACUAACACUGCCCUAUUUACUGUCAGGAGACCAAUAAAGAUUUCCUCUCUGAGUCACACCACUG